AUGAACGCUCACGCUCUCCUCUCCCGCCAAGGGUGGCGGGGGCACGGCCACUCCCUGCACAAGCACGACGACUCGAUAGGCCUCGCGAAGCCUCUCCUGCUGAACCGCAAAGACAACACGAAGGGCCUGGGUGUCGCGCAGCACUUCAACAACGACCAAUGGUGGCUGAACGCCUUCGACGAGCAAUUGAAGGGUCUGGAGUCGAAUGGCAAAACCGUGAAGCAGACCGUGACGACCGGCAAGCUCAACAUCAUCGAGCAGGGGUCGAUGGGGAAGUGGUCCGUCUACUCUUCCUUUGUCAGGGGCGGCUUCCUCGAGGGCACCGUUGAUCUGCUGUCUGCACAAGACUCUACGACUUCGGACUCGAGCAGCGACAGCAAGGAUUCCGAACAGGCCAAGGACAAGAAGUCCUCGAAAAAGGACGACAAGGAGACGAAGGAGGAGCGACGCGCACGGAAGGAGGCGAAGAGGCAGCGGAAGGAAGCGCGCGCAUUGCGGAGGGCCGCCCGCCGAGAGCGAAGGGAGGCCAGGGCGAAAGGCCAAAAGGGUUCCAGUUCAGAAGAUUCCUUGUCUGAGGAGAAGCGGCGGCGGCGAGAGCGAAAGGAAGAAAAGAGGAGGAAGAGGUCAAAGGAAUAG